UCUGAGGUUUUGGUUUUGCAGAAGAGGAGCUCUGAAUGUGAUCACUUCAAAACCCAAAAACACAGUGAAUUAAAUAGCAAGUUUUUGCUCAGAUUCAAUUAAAAAAUUGGCAUCCCAAUAAUUCUCUAAUAUUUUUGACCUCCAUCUGCACAUGGCUUCUUGGUUUUCUCUCUUCCUCUCCCACAUUUGUUUUUAGUUUUCCUUUUCCUCACAUGCUUUUCUCUCUCUCCCCCCAACUGAUUCAUUGCCAGCACUACUACUGAAGCUAACCUUUUGACUAAUCAAGCAGUUGAUGAGAUUCCUCUCAGAUCUGCAUCCAUAGCCUUUUUGGCCAUUCCCAGACUCUCUUCUACUGCUUCUUCUUCAAAGUAUCUGCUUUUAUUCCUUCACCAAGAAAAGGGAUUACUUUGAAUUUACCACAAAAAGAGACUACUGAGAUAGUGGUGACCAAGCAGGAAUCAGUAGCAUUUUGGUUAUGAUAUGUUUUAGAGAGAGCUAAAUUGGAUUGAAUUUGAUGGUUUGUGAAAUGGAGAUCGAUAAUAUUGAAGAAAUGGAAAUGGAGGAAGUCCUCCCUUCUAUGUGGCCUGAGGAUAUAGAUUCCGAUAAGCAAUUCAACAUUGAGAAGCCAGGAAAAGAUCAAGACAUGUUGGAGGAGGUCACAUUCAAAGAGAAACCAACUACAGUCGAUUUCAGGCGGCUGUUGGAGCUAACCAAACACACAGAUACAGGCUCUUCCCAAUUAGCACACCUCGUAAAGCACUGGGAAUAUAAGCAGGCGAAUGUGGUGAGACUUCUUAGAGAAGAACUUGAUAUCCUCAGCAAGCAAAAGCAGGAAGUUGAGCUCAAGAAAUUGGAGAUAUUGGAAGAGCACCGCUUCGAGUCAGAGAGCUAUGGCGGUGACAAACGCCCCAUUUCCAUUUUGGAUGAAGUGUAUCAGUUAUGGGCUCCGGAUGUUCCUCUAAAGAAACUUGAUGUUGUUGUGGAGAGUAAGAGAGUCGAGACAGAAGCCGAGUAUGACAGUGCUGUGUACUGGAAGCAAAGGGCUAUGCAUUUGGAGAAGUUGUUGGAGGCAAGUGUUGCGAGAGAGCAGAUUCUUGUCGAUAAAUUGCAGGAAAGCAUUAAGAGUAUUGAAAGACAGUCAUCGCCGGUUGAUGAGCUGUCUGAGAUUUUGAAAAGAGCAGAUAACUUUUUGCAUUUUGUUCUUCAGAAUGCCCCUGUUGUUAUUGGUCAUCAGGAUAAAGAGUUGCGGUAUCGCUUUAUCUACAAUCACUUCCCAAGUUUGGGAGAGCAGGACAUUAUAGGGAAAACAGAUGUCGAGAUUUUCAGUGGGGCUGGAGUUAAGGAAUCUCAAGACUUCAAGAGAGAGGUUCUGGAAAAAGGGAUACCGGCGAAAAGGGAGAUUACAUUCGAGACUGAACUGUUUGGGUCAAAGACGUUUUUGAUAUAUGUGGAACCUGUUUUCAGCAAGGCAGGGGAGACAAUUGGUAUAAACUAUAUGGGGAUGGAGGUGUCUGAUCAGGUGAGGAAAAGAGAGAAGAUGGCAAAGCUUCGUGAGGAAAUAGCCGUCCAAAAGGCCAAGGAAACAGAGCUGAACAAGACAAUUCACAUAACGGAGGAGACAAUGAGAGCAAAACAGAUGCUGGCAACAAUGUCUCAUGAGAUAAGGUCUCCUCUUUCUGGGGUUGUCAGCAUGGCUGAGAUUCUUACUACCACGAAACUUGACCCCGAGCAACGCCAGCUGUUGGAAGUCAUGUUAUCUUCAGGAGAUUUGGUCCUCCAACUGAUAAAUGACAUCCUUGACCUUUCCAAGGUUGAGUCAGGAGUAAUGAAGUUGGAGGCUACAAAGUUCCGGCCAAGACAGGUAGUUAGACAUGUACUACAGACUGCGGCAGCAUCAUUGCAGAAGAUUUUGACCUUGGAAGGACAUGUUAUGGAGAAUGUUCCUGUGGAGGUCAUUGGAGAUGUUUUAAGGAUUCGUCAAAUUCUAACCAACUUGAUCAGUAAUGCAAUCAAGUUUACUCAUGAAGGGAAAGUCGGGAUAAAACUUUACAUGGUAGCGGAUCCAACUUCUGGAGAUGAUGAAAGAUGUCUGCAGAUGUCGAAUGCAGUUCAAUCAAUGGUUUCAGUGAAUGGAUUGGAUGAAGAGAAAUCAGCAUCACAAAAUUGCUGCAAUGGAGAAGGUAUUCGUCGCAAAGAACCUUACCAAAAUGGUUCUCUUCACGAUGAACCUAGCACACCGGUUAAGAGUGAAGCCUCAAUGAAUGGAGAUAAAGAGGACGAACCCCAUUCAUCUGAAACAACAACAGUGUGGUUACUUUGCGAUGUAUAUGACACAGGAAUUGGAAUACCAGAAAAUGCUUUACCGACCCUUUUUAAAAGAUACAUGCAAGUGAGUGCUGAUCAUGCUCGAAAAUAUGGCGGGACAGGAUUAGGACUAGCAAUAUGCAAACAAUUGGUUGAACUAAUGGGGGGCCAACUCACUGUGUCUAGCCGAGAACAUUGUGGCUCCACAUUCACAUUUGUAUUGCCUUACAAGGUUUCAACAUCGUCGGAACAUUCUGAUGAUCCUGAUGAGCUCACGGAUAUCGCUGAAUAUGACGAUGCUGUAACUGAUGAUGAAGUAGCUGAAAGCUAUUUCCAGUUCCAACCACGCACUUUAGGUUCUCUGUUCUCUUCUAAUGGCACCGGCAGGACUCAAAAACUGUUACCACAUAAACUCAAUGGAUUAUCACAACAUGCAUACUCGUUUCCAUAUAAUAACAUCAGACCAGAGGAGAUUACUUCAGUUGAAAAUUGCUCUUCUGCAGUCGAUGAUGUUGCUGAGACAUUAUCUGAACCAGAGAGUUCAGUAAGUCACAUGCCGAAUUCCAAUAGCGAAACUCCAGCAUGUAGGGACAGAAAGGGUCAAGAUGACUCAAACAGUCAAUCCCAAAAUUCUUCAACAGAUUCAAAUCAUCAUGCAGAGGCAAGCAGAGAAAAUGGUGUAGCAGCAAAGACAAGAGAACCCCAAGGAACGUGUAAUAGACAGGAGAAAUCAGAUGCAGAUUCAGAGUGUAGCUCUGGCAACAGUCCAAAAAUACCAAAAUCAACAUCGAAUCCUAAGAUUCUUCUUGUUGAAGAUAACAAGAUCAAUAUUAUGGUGGCACAGUCAAUGAUGAAGCAGUUAGGCCAAAGCUUAGAGGUUGUAAAUGACGGAGCUGAAGCUGUGCGUGCAGUUCAACGCUGUAGUUACGAUCUGAUUCUGAUGGAUGUUCAUAUGCCAGUUAUGGAUGGCCUACAAGCUACAAGAAUAAUACGUUCUUUCGAAGAAACUGGCAACUGGGAAGCUGCUAAGAAGGCUGGAAUUGAGCAAUCUGUGCCUUCUUCAAAUACACCACAAAACAGCCACGGACAUACGCCUUGUAGAAAGCGAAUCCCAAUCAUUGCGAUGACAGCAAAUGCAUUUGCAGAGAGCGCAGAGGAGUGUUUUGCAAAUGGUAUGGACUCGUUUGUGCCGAAACCUGUAACGCGCCAAAAAUUGAAAGAGCGGCUUGAACAAUAUCUACCCGAUUGCAACCUAGUGUAAAUUUUAUGGUUUCUGUACAAAAGCGACAGCGUGCUAGGAAAGUUUUGUAAUCCAUGUAUCCCAUGUAUCAUAUUCUUCUCAAACAUUAGCUUCUGCUUAUAAAUUGUACAUACAUAUGCAAAUCUUUUUUGCCUAUAUAGUAGAUUACAUGAAGCUAAAACCCGUCCAGACUUACAAGAAUUACUGAGUUUUACCGAAUGAUAUUUACUCCAACAUAAAUCGU